UUCAAUGCAGUCAUAGUAAUUUCACUAAACUUAACCAAUCAACAUGAAGUUCCUACUUGUCUUAGCUCUCGCUGUGGCUGUAGCCAACGCAAGUCCGGUCUACGAGAAGACCGCUUUCAUCGAGGAUUUGCCCGAGUCUUCAGUUUUGGAAGGACGCAUCACCAACGGUGAUUACGCUUGGGAUGGUUUGGUUCCCUAUCAAGCUGGUUUACUUCUACAAAAGCAUCAAGGCAAUUACUGGUGUGGUGGUUCAUUGAUUGGACAAAAUUGGGUUCUGACUGCCGCUCACUGCACUGAUGGCGCUCACACUAUCACCGUCUACUUGGGUAGCGUAGUACGUUCUAAUGGUAACCAAUACGCAACCACCAUCCACUCCCAGGACAUUCACCAGCACCCCCAUUACAACUCUAAUACUCUGGACAACGAUGUCACCCUUCUCUGGAUUCACUCUGUUUCUUUCUCUGGUAACAUUCAAGCGAUCAGACUGCCAUCCUUCAACCACUACAGCAAUUAUGAGGGUCAAUGGGCUACCGCUUCUGGCUGGGGUGGCACCUCGGGCAACAAUCAAGAUCAUUUGCAAUACGUCAGUGUUCAGGUGAUCUCCAACAACGAAUGCGCUAACGUCUAUGGCAGAGGUACUGUCACCGACAACACCAUCUGUGUUGCCACACACGGCGGUCGCUCAACUUGCGGUGGUGACUCUGGUGGCCCAUUGGCUGUGGACAACAACCAAGUGUUGAUUGGUGUCACUUCAUUCGUUGCUGCCAACGGUUGCACCGCUGGUCUUCCAGCUGGUUUCCAACGUGUCAGCCGUCACUUGGACUGGAUCCGUGGUGUCACCGGUAUUGCAUACUAUUAAAUUAAUAGAUAUAUUGUGAAUUUGCUUAAUAAAACUCCGAGCUCUUAGUGGUAAAAAGAA